CUUUCUCUCCUAGACUAGAUUCUAACUCUUUUAUUUUCUUGAAAGAUAUGGAUCAUUGUAAAAUGAAUUUUUUUUUCUCCUUAAAAGAUGAAAAGGCCAUCAAUACAUUGAUUUGGUUCUUAUAAGUUAUAACAGACUAUAUUGAUUGUCUUUUUCAUCUUUUAGGGACAAAAAUAUCAUUUUUCAUCCUUAAUUUUAGGUAUUAAAAUGAUGAUCUAUUCUUCAAAUCGCACAUUUGGGUCUUCAUCUUCUAGGGAAAUAAUAUUUUGCAUGUUCUAGUUGAGAAUGAUACCAAUGGGUUGAAUCAUGAAUUGCUUGAGGGGGGCGGGGGAGCAUUAAUGGCCUAAAAUUCUCUAACCAUGGUGAGUGAAGAAUUAAUGGUGUAAAAUGAAUGCAUUUGGAUAAAUUUUGAAUUGGAUUAUAAUUGAUGGAUCAACUAGUCAUUAAUCCAAACAUAGCUAACUGCUACUAUGUAAUGUCAGACAUAUCUAAACACAGUGCGAACACUUGUUGCCUUGUUGGCAUGAAAAAAGUUAAGAAGCCACGAGGCUUUCCAUGCGGAGAACAGGUCGAAAGAUAUAUAACCUGGUACAACAUUAAGUUUGGGAUGUGUGCCAGUUAAACGACAGUGAUACUGAUCCGAAUUUACCUAUUACUCUCUACGUGGUUUCAGCUAAUAGAAUUGAAUGUGAAGCUGUUGCCACGUAGUACAUUAAAAUCAAAUUUAACAUCAUGAUUCAUGAGUACAACUCCUAAGAUAUAUACAUAGUAGAAGCGGAGACAUCGAUAUUGAGCACUUUCAACAGAAAAGGGAAGUGUGAAGAAGCUAGCAUUUGAGAAAGAGAGAAAUCAGAAAUGGCAGAUACUGGUGGUAGAGGAGAAAUUGCAGUAGGGGCAGGAGCAUGUGAUAACAAGUGUGGCUGCACAGUUCCAUGCGCUGGUGGUUCCACUUGCAGGUGCACAAGUGGUGGUGGUGCAAGGGGUGGAGCUGAGCACUUGACAUGUUCAUGCGGAGAGCACUGUGAGUGCAAUCCAUGCUCAUGUCCCAAAACUGUUGCUGCCGGAACUGGUUGCUCUUGUGACGCGAGUUGCACCUGUGCUUCCUGCCGCCCUUGAUCUCACAGGAGUCCAAUAUGUGGUUUCUAUGUUAAUUAGUCUCGUGUAGUGUUCAAAUUGUGGAUGCAUGUUUUUUCAAUUAGCUUUAUGUUAUUACAUAUUCUACCUAAAUAUCUGGAGGACUGUCUCUAGAAUAUGAAAUGGUAUGGAAUUACAUGUUGUAUGCCUGGACCUACUUAUCUUCAAAAUCUAGCAGGAAUAAAAAAAGGUGCAUUUCUGUC